AUGGGCGACUUACAGCCUCCGUCAUACAUCUGCCGUCAAGUUCAUACCACCCCAGAAAUCGACGGAAUCGUAUCCGGCGCCGCCUGGGACUCGGCCAUCUGGAGCGACCCCUUUGUAGACAUCGAAGAAGGCGGCCCCAAGCCCCUGCGACCACUGCCUUUUGCACGCGAAACUCAUGUCAAGAUGAUGUGGGAUGACACCCAUUUCUAUCUCGCCGCCUACUUGCAUGAACCACACGUAUGGGGUACCCUAACCGAACCCAAUUCCGUUAUAUUUAUGGACAAUGACUUUGAGGUAUUCCUCGACCCCGACAGCACAGCCACCAACUAUUACGAACUAGAGGUGAAUGCGUUAGGCACCGUCUGGCAAUUGAGUCUAGACAAGCCGUACUACCUUGGCGGGAAGGCCACUUCCCCACAUCAACUCGACGGCGUUAAAGUAGCUGUGAAUGUCGACGGCACCCUCAAUGACCCGACAAGCAUCGACAGGGGGUGGUCCGUGUCCAUGGCCAUUCCGUUUGCCUCUCUCACUGUCUUCGGUGCGCACGCGCCGCCAAUGGUCGGAGACUUGUGGCGUGUCAAUUUUUCACGCGUGCAGUGGCCUCACAAUGUCGUCAAUGGCAAGUACGUGCGCGUGCCGCCGCAUGGUACUGACUUGCCGCAGGGUGCCGAUCAGUUACAUCCGGAGCGUAACAUCGUUUGGGCACCGACCGGAGUCGUCGACAUUCACCGACCGGAGAUGUGGGGUACAGUCACGUUUGCAGAUUGA